AUAUAUAUAUAUAUAUAUAUAUAUAUAUAAGAAAGGAUACGGCGAUAACGGGAGAUGUUGCGCAUGUAUUUGCCGACGAUAUUUGGAGCGAUGUCCGGGAAGACGAAGCUCCGGGUUACGUCGUUAACGAGCGUGAAGACUCCGGACACCGUGACAGAACAGUCAUUCGAGAAGAUGACUCUUUCUUGUGGUGAAACAGUUUCGUACCGAGCCUCGUCGGACGAAGAGUUCUUGAAAUUUACUCACUCAGUGUUGCGCAACUGGACGAUUACAUCCGUCCCCUCGUAUAUAUUUGUACAUCCAAGACGAGCAGGUAAACGAUUUAAAAUUUAUUUACAUUCCGUGUUAUUAUCUCUUCUUCCAUCUUUAUAACGUGUACAAUUUACUUUAACACGAUAGUAAUAAUACAAUUAAUCGUACUAUUAAAUUUUAUGUGUACAAAAAACAUGUACUUUUCUUUUUACAUAUAUAUUUCGUCACUUUUAACUCUUUAUUCGCAAGGAACAUUGCUUCUCGGACAUCACGCAAAUGACGUUCAAAUCUCUGAUUAAUCUUGCAAAUUUUGGGAAACCUUCUUACACACCUAUCGAACGAUAUCACAAUGAUGGAGGUGGCUAUCAUCAUCAUGGAUGGCGGGGGUACACGAUUCACAUUGCUAUCGGAAUCUCGCGAAGCAAGUUUCUUGUUUUCGUAAGUUAUUUGUCUUGUUGAAUUUUAGGAGUUCCUCCAAGGGGAAGGGUGGAAAUGGCGCAGCGCUGAGCGCAUUGACAUUGCUCGCCUUCUUGUUUCUUAUAAACGUCAUGCAGCAAUCUCUGCAAGACAACAAUUCGACGACUACCCCGACGACUACCGCGAUACUGCUGCGAGAUACCGAGUUACCAAUAAUUUUGGACAAUGGGGAGAGCAAAGACGUCAAGACGAAGGAUGAGUUCUCACGUGUGACAAGCACGUAUGGCUCGAGAACAACUACAAAGGAUCACAUGCGAUAAUUAAUCACUUGACAGCAUUACAACGGCUUGUUUUCUUUUCAAUUUCACUUUUCUACUUGAAACAAUAUUUGAACGGUAAUAUUACAUGUUAUUCAUAUAAUUAAUAUACGCUGUCAAAUGAUCGGCAUUAAAAUUUGAAAUAACUUAGACAAUCCAGAACACACAUAAACAGUUUAUUUUACUUUAUUUUCCUUUCUUCCUUUGAACAUGAGGUCAUAAAACGUAUUCAUCGUCAACGUCGUCGUCGCGGUCAUUUAAACGCGGUAUUUAUUUAGCACUCGAAAAUGUACUCCCGUCUCUAUAAUCUUAUUUACAUAACAUUAGAAACAUUUAAAUUUUUGCUUCAUUUUGCCAUUGUCUCAUGUUGCAUGAAAAAUAAUUACGAACGACCAUGUAUUGCUAAGGGAAUGAGGCGUUCUCUCCGACACGUCCGAGGAAGCUCGGAAUUCCUUGUCAAACAGAUUUCCCCGAACGUAUCCGGCAGUUUAAACGCAUGUACCGAAGCAAUGGCGGAUGAUCUGCAUCAUAACCGCGGCUGAACUCGGUACUUUCGAGUUCUGAUGUAAGCACUCGCGAUAAAUUGCAGAUUACUUUGCGACUUUGUUCGUGCAAACAUAAACUCGCGCGAAAUUAAAUCCAGCCAAUUCUCACUACAGUUAAAACACGGUCAGAUCAAGUUCAAAUCCCACUUUUCGAUCUGACAGUCUUGCAGUACCAUCCAUGACAGUACCUUAUCUUGAAAUGCUCUUAUAUAAUGUUUUGUUAUGUUACGUAAUAUUAUGGAAUGUGUUAUGAUACAAAGAAUACACGAUUUAUAUAUAUUGAAGUUUUUCUCUGCUAUUUCACUCGCUAUAUCUUUAAUUUGUAUCAAGUAUCACAAUAUUUUCAGUAAGAGAAGUUGUACAAAUUCUUCAUCCGCGCAAACAUAUUCAAUAAGUCUAUCUCAGAUGAGAAAGAUGAAUUUCGAGCUUCUAUUGACUGUCUGCUCAUUUUUAUAUUCUCAUUUGACAACAGGAGCAUCGUCGCGGUCCUACGACUAUAGCUUGACUCGACCGACAGUAUGUGAAAGCAUUUGAUUUAGUGGAAACAAUAUUUGACCGUGAUCUGGGACUUGAAUCAUUCGUAACUAUUCGCAACUCGCAAGGGAUAUCCAAACAAUAGGAUAUCGUAAGUUACGAAUGAUUCGAUCGCAACUUGACCGAAUCGUAAGGAAAUUUGGCGAGAAAGCAGGCCACCCGCCGUUAUUCCGGUCUCUCGCGCUCGCCUAGAAAAGAUUAGAAAAAGUAUCACGGGUCUAAUAUUGUAAGUCUUGAAAUUGUUCAAAGAUAGCCACGGCUCUCCUUCUCGAUUAGUUUCGGUUAGAAACUAAGAAGAAAGGAUCGAAUUGUCCUAUUCUCGCGAGAGAUCCUUUUUCUCCAUUUCUUUGCUCCUUCGUUCUCUUUUUGUUUCUUUUCACGACAGGUCAUCGGCAAGAUUAUAUUUUGAUGGGAGUCUUACGAACGGCCCUGAAUCUCCCAAGAAUUGUCUCCUAAGCGAAAAAAGUUUCUUUCGAAGGCGAGCGGCGCGAAAGUCGAGCGAAUUUCUACGCGUGUGCUAGUCGGCGCCUCUUGUAAAAAAGUAAAUUUUAGCGAUGUGACCUAGUCGACACUUGGCGCAAAUUAUGUGAAAGAUAAACGAAUUGUUCACUAGAGUGCGACGAUUUGCACGCGCGAAAAUACGUCGGCCUCUCGUGAUUCGCUCUCGAUCGCGAAUUUUAUUCGUUUUGUAAUACACGCAGCCGAUUGAUCGCUGCGCUGGACGCCGCAGGGAUCGACAUGAUUUCAUCCAGUUGACACAAUUUCCUGUACCGAAAAUUGGAUUUAUGACAAUUGUAUUGAUUCCGAUCCCCGUUUCAAUUAUAUGUAUAGGUAUAUGUUUUCAUCAUGUGUGUAUAUAUAUGUACACACCCACACACCCACGCACAUGCACGCACACACACACACAUACACACAUAUAUAAUGUACUCGGAAAAUUCGUUUAGCUAAACAUCAAAAUCUAAAAGAAAGGAAAUUAUCUUGCACGUUUAGCUACAGGCAAAUUGCACUGAUGUAUUAAAUCGCGAGAUCGUUCACUAUAUGAAAAACUGGCACGUCUCUCUUCUCGUCGAAAGUAGAAGAAGGGAAAAGAGAUGAGCACGUUCGAUUGAUUCGCGGAUAGUUAUUUCACUUACUGGUCUAUUAAUCAAUUAAUUACUUAACUACUUAAUGUCCGGGCGGGAUAUAAGAGUGGAAGCAGAAUAAGGGCACAAUUCAUUCAACAGACUCAAUUCCAACACGCGAUUAACCGAGGGGACUUCCCUGUCACGUAGAGCGGGUAUCACGACCGGCGAGAUCGACGAUGAAAUGAUUUUGUGUAUUUCAAAUUUUGCAAGAAUUCUUCUCGAUCAUAAAAUGAUGAGGUUCUCUGACGAUCACGUUAAGCAAAAUGCUUUGGUCAAUCAAAGUUGGAUCAGCCGGAAAUACGUCUGAAAUAAAGAUAGGAGGGAAACGAGCCCUCUUUCAUACGUAGAAUAAAAUCGAUCGUAACCUUCAGGAAUGGAUUAUCCAGUUGAUUAAUGAUAAUUACUACGUACCAACUGUGCGUUUCCUCUGAUCGCUCAACGCAACGGAGAAGUGACAAAGUAACUUUGUGUCACUACAAAUCACUAUUUUCAUCUUAUAAUAUUUUGUGAACACAAUACAGUUUCUUUUUUUCAUAUUGCAGCAUAGAAAACACGGCUAGAAGAAUCGUCAUAUCGUGAGAGGGAAAGAGAACGCAAUGUUUGAGCAGAAACGACCAAGUAUCAAAAUAAUCGAUUGUUUCGCGUACAAAGCCGGUGGUUAGGAAAAAGAAGAAACAUUCCGAUCACGCGGACAAAACUGCAAUUUUACUCACAAAUGGCUUGACCCUUUUCAAAAUUCAUUCUCAACACGGUUCGUAGACUUCGAGCGCUGAGUAAAAUUCGCGUUUCUCAAUUAGACGAUCCAACCGGUCAUUAAGCGUGACGAUUGGUGCAAACGAUUUCUAUCGGUGAGUCCCGAUUAAUUCGUCAUUAAUUAACUUGACUUAGACAGUUAUUGGAUAAUAUGUGCGCAUUCGAUGAGUCCACACAGAAAAAAGCAAAUUAUAUUUUUCUUUAAAUUUGCCCGUAUCGUCGAGAUGAUCCUUCGUAAAUAAGAAUUCAGUGAUCUGAAUAAACGUCAAUACGCAUAAACUUUAGAAUAACCUCGCGGCGUUAUUUGAUCGAUCGCGAGGAGAAAUGGGUCAAACCGCCGUUAUUGCGCAAUUUUCUAAGCGAGAAACCCCUCCGAGACACUCGAUUAUUUUUGGUACGUUUUAGGAGGUAGAUAAUAUAGAAUUCUCUCAAUCUCGUACACACGAGAGCUCGAUCUACGCGUGCCGUAUCAUUUGCAUCUUGACGGCUCCCUGAAAUUCGACGGCGGGAAUAAACGAUGGAAAAUCGCUCGAUUGCUUCCAAAAGAGAGAGAGAGAGAGAGAGAGAAAAAGAAUCAGUGAAUUCACGAGAAUGAUGGCCCGCCGGAGAAGUGAAGACAAGAGGGCGUUCUACAGUCGGAGAGAUUCGUGCGCGAAGGUAAAUCAAUUCGACCGAUCGCACGUGGGGCUCCGAUCGGAGCUAUCGUGAUCAGAGCUGAAAAAAUCCAAGAGUAAAACUGGCUCUAUUUAAACCUAUAAACAUUAUUAUAAACCAAAUACGUAAUUAUAUGUAUGUACAUGCAUAUAUAUUAUUUUUAAAUAUCGAUCGCGCAAUCAUAAUUAUAUAAACGCAUCAAGGAUGGUUUAAUCUUCAGUUUCUCUCUCUCUCUCUCUCUCUCUCUCACACAGGAUUCUUUGCGUCGUAAUACAUUAUGUCGAGUAAUUAUGAUUAUCAUAUGAAUUAGUCGCAUGAUAGGAAAAUAUCGUGCGACAACAUUGUGUGUCGUACACAAAUGUUACGAUUACCCCGACCGAUCCUGACUAUAAUGACUUGGAGAGAACUUUAUAUAGCGAACGCAUAACUCCUUAUUAUUCUAACGAAUCUAGCUGAUUAAAGCCUAUCGCGCGCGCGGAUAGUUUACACGCGGUGUUUGCCGGCAAACUAAUGCGUCUGGUCCAAGGAAUGUGUACAAUAUCGGCGGGACCAGUCGGUUGACCCUCGGAUACUUUGUCGUACAUUAUCGCGCGUUUAUAUUAAUACAAUAUCGUACAA